UCGAGGCGAGAGCGGAGCAGGCUCGUGUCACCGGAGCUCCUCAGACGUCAGCCCGUGCCAUUCUCACCGGGGAAAUCAACAAUAAUGCUCACAGGAUAUUUCGCCGUUUGUCUUCGAAUGUGGGACUAUCAUUUUCUGUGAUGAACGGAACGAGGGAAGUGCGGGAAUUCGUUUAUCUACAGCUCGUGGUUUCCACUGAGAAGGGCACGCACUGAGGGGGUGAUAUUAACCCGACCGUGACCUACCUUUUAUCUUCCGUCUCACAAUACCGGGCGCUGCUGCAGCUCUGAGAAGUGUCCAGCCAUGUUCCGAAACAGUCUGAAGAUGCUCCUCGGAGGCAGAGGUCGCAAGAACACAUCCAGUGGUGGCAGUAGCAUUGAGUCUGACGGAUCAGACGUCAGAAUAAUGGAAGGAUUCUCUCGGUCACUGCCAUCUUCUCCGCUCCUCAAUCUUCGGCUGGCCAAGAGACCAGGUGAGGAGGAGGAGUUGGGACCUCCACCCUCGGUCGAUGAAGCUGCUGAUGCGUUAAUGACCCGACUGGGAUUCUUAUUGGGGGACAAGAUCGUUGCUCAAGACUCCGCCACCACCUCCAACCCCCAGGAGGACGCACCGAGGAUCUCUCCGUCCUCCAGCUUGGCCAGUGGCAGCACCUCCCCCUGCUCCACACUGCAGCCCCCUGCUGGAGGAGAGAGUAACAACAACAACAAGCAUGCCCCGUCCAACUACGCUUCCAUCACCUCUCCCUCCUCCACACUGGACAGCAGGGACAGUGGCAUCAUAGCCACAUUGACCAGCUACUCCGCCGAGUCCGCCGUAGAGCGAGAUGACAAUGGCAAGUACCACGGCAACGGUUACCACGGCAGCAAUCUCAACCUGUGGCAACAGGGCGGCGAACGACACGUGGUAACCUCUACGUCCUCGUCCAGCAUGGUGGCGCCAAGGGGUGGAACUAACGGCUUCCUGUACAGAAACGAAGACAACAUGUCCGCCUCUACCUACAGCCUCAACAAACUCCACCCAGACCGCUCCUCAGGCUCCACCCACUCCAUCCCGCUCUACCUCAUGCCCCGCCCCAACUCUGUGGCUGCUACCAGCACUGCCCACCUUGAAGAUUUGGCUUAUCUUGAUGAACAGCAAAGACAUAUCCCUUCUAGGACCUCCCUCAGAAUGCCCAGACAGAAUUCUGGGAGUCGUAGUCAACAGGAACAUAUAGUGCGUUUUACUCCCUCGCUCAACCUCAAGCCCUUUCACUUCGAGAUCCCCGGGCUGGCUGGUGAUUGGUUGUUCACGGGGAGGGAGUGGCUUUUCCAGGAAGUAGAUGCCUGUCUGCGCAGCACUGAUCCUGCACAAAGUCGCGGCGUGGUGAUCGUCGGUAACAUGGGCUUCGGUAAAACGGCCAUCAUCGCGAGGCUCGUGGCUCUAAGUUGUCACGGAAACCGGAUGUGGCCAAAUGCUGCUACUAACCAGAGCGUACCUAAACAUGCUGAAAAUGCACAGUUUUCCCACAAUUCAUUGGGACGAGGUGGAGAAGUGGAUGAUGGAAGAGAGGGGAGCUGCCCAGGCACUCCAGAGCUGAAAAGAAGACAGGAGGAGGCACUGAGACGGCUCGCAGGACAGGUGGUGUCCUAUCACUUCUGUCAGGCGGACAACUGUCACACCUGUCUCGUCCCAGAGUUUGUCCACAACAUGGCUGCCAUGCUCAGCUCCAGCCCUCAGCUUUCCUCAUACAGAGAACUCCUCCACAAGUCGCCCCAACUACAGAGCAUGCUCAGUCUGCGCUCCUGCAUCCAAGACCCCAACGCUGCUCUAGUUAAGGGAAUACUGGAGCCACUAGACCUACUCUACAGAGAGAGGAAGAUCCAGGCUGAGCGGACAGGACUUAUUGUCUUGAUUGAUGGGUUGAACGAAGCAGAGUUCCACCGCCCUGACUAUGGCGACACCCUGGCUUCCUUCCUCAGUAGGAACAUUCAGAGAUUCCCUCCCUGGUUAAAGGUCAUCACUACCGUCCGUACUGGCCAACAGGACAUCACGCAGUCUUUGCCUUUCCACCGCGUCUCACUGGAUCUCAUGGAGGAGAACAGUGCCAUCGAGCAGGACCUGCAGGGCUACCUGAUGCAGCGUAUCCACAGCAGUGCCGAGAUACAGAGCAACGUGUCCCUGGGUAAUGGUCGCCUUGACAACACGGCCCUGUCCAAACUCAUCAGCCACCUCAAGAGUCUGAGCCGAGGCUCCUACCUGUACCUCAAGCUCACGCUGGAUCUGAUCGAGGGGGGCUACCUGGUGCUCAAGAGCUCCAGCUUUAAGGUGGUUCCUGUGAGCUUAGCAGAGGUGUACCUCCUGCAGAUGAACAUCAGAUUCCCCACACAGUCAUCUUUCCAGAGAGUCCUGCCUCUACUCAACGUCACCACGGCCUCCCUGCACCCGCUCACAGACCAGCAGUUGUAUGAAGCAGUGAAUGCGAGUGCUGUGACCGGAGGGACCCUGCCCUGGGCUGAGUUUGCUCAGCGACUGGAACAGCUCUCUCCGUUCCUGUUGUGGAGGGGCGAUGGGAGCCGGAUGUUAAAGCAUGCCUCCUUCCGAGAGUGGCUGGUGUGGAGAGAGGAUGGGCAGGACAGUCGCUUCCUCUGCGACCCCAGGAGCGGUCACACUCUGCUGGCCUUCUGGCUCUGUAGACAGGAGGGUAAACUGAGUCGGCAGCACACUCUGGAGCUUGGACACCACAUCUUGAAAGCUCACAUUUAUAAGGGCCUCAGCAAGAAACUUGGGGUCUCCUCCUCAGUACUCCAGGGCCUGUGGCUCUCCUACAGCACUGGCACUCUGAGUCCGGCUCUGUCCUGUCUGCGAAACCUCUACACGCCCAACAUCAAGGUGAGCCGGCUGCUGAUAAUGGCGGGAGCAGACGUGGACUGCCACUCAGAUGUCCUAAACAACGCCCCUCUGCUGUGUGUGCAUGCACAUUUAGGACACAAGGACGCUGUGGCUCUGCUGCUGGACCAUGGAGCACAGGUGGAUGCUCGGUCUAAUGAUGGACUGACUGCCCUGGGAUUUGCUGCUGCUGCUGGACAUUUGGAUAUUGUAACUAUGCUGAGUCAGCACAGAGCCAAGGUUGGGCAUGUGGACAGCUCAGGUCGAUGUGCUCUGGUCCUCGCUGCUCAGCGCGGACGUCAAGAGGUGCUGUGUUUCCUGCUGAAAUGUGCAGACUGGAACUGUACUACCUGCUGUGGCCAGAGGGGGCCCAGCCGAGGCCAGGCCCUACAACAGGCUCUGAUCGCAGGAGCCAGCAUGGGCCACACUGAGACUGUGUUAUUUCUACUGGAGCUACCAGAGGAGGAGGAGGACAGGCCCGAGAUCAACACUUGUGACAGUCUGUGGGGAGAGACAGCGCUGACAGCUGCAGCGGGCAGUGGCAGACUGGCUGUGUGCAGACUCCUGCUGGAUCAAGGAGCUGCUGUGGAGAAAGCCAACCGCCGCGGGGCUGCCCCCCUCUUCUGCAGUGUGAGGAGAGGACACUGGCAGGUGGUGGAGCUGCUGCUGAAUUCUGGAGCAGAGGUGAACAUGGUGGACCCACAGGGCCGUACUGCUCUCAUGACAGCCGCAUCAGAAGGACACAUGUCCACGGCACAGCUGCUGCUCAAUCAUGGUGCAUCUCUGGACCUGUGUGACCGGGAGGGGCUCACAGCCCUGAGCUGGGCAUGUCUCAAAGGUCAGCUGCCAUUGGUCAGAGAGCUGGUGGACAGAGGAGCUGACACCACACAUGCCGACCGCAGUGGGCGCACACCUCUGGACCUGGCCGCCUUCUGUGGGGACCCUGAAGUGGUACAGUACUUGGUGGAUCACGGAGCUUCAGUAGAGCAUGUGGACAGCAGUGGGAUGCGUCCUCUGGAUCGAGCUGUUGGCUGCAGGAACACGUCUGCUGUUAUUGCUUUGCUCAAGAAGGGUGCACAAAUAGGACCUGCCACCUGGGCCAUGGCUACAUCGAAGCCUGAUAUUCUGAUGGUUCUGCUGAGUAAACUGAUCCAAGAGGGUGAUCGUCUGUACAAGCAAGGGAAGGUGCGUGAGGCGGCCGUAUCGUACCAGUCGGCGCUGCAGAAGUUUCCAGGCGAUGAGAUGAAGACUUUUCGACAGCUCCGAGUGUCUGUGCUGCUCAACCUGUCACGAUGUCGCCGCAAAAUGAAUGAUUUCAGCUUGGCUGAAGAGUUUGCCACCAGAGCACUGGAGCUGAAAGCCAAAUCAUAUGAAGCCUUUUAUGCCAGAGCCCGGGCUAAGCGUAGCCGCAGGCAGUACCAUGCUGCACUAGAGGACCUGUUAGAAGCCAGCCGUCUGUGUCCAUCGAACCGUGAGAUCCAGAGACUUCUGUCCAGAGUCAAAGAGGAGUGUCGACAGGCAGCGCAGCAACCGGACCCCUCCACUGCUCCUCCACCACACCUGUACCAGCACAAUGUGUCCAGGGACGUGGACGAAGAGGAGACCGGCCACAGUGAAGCUGUCAUCCAAAGUCUGGACAGUCACAGCAGCCCUCGUGGUCCUUCUCCAAACUCUCUUUCUCCAACUCACAUGUACCACCAUGUCUCUAGCCCCGCCCACUCACCUUCCUCCCCAAGCCAUGGGCACCAUUUCAGCCCGGCCUCCUCCCCGGUCCACCAGCAAAGAGUAAGCCCCAUGUCUGAAAGCCUGCCUCAAUCCAUGUUAGCAAUGCACCACCCUGAGCAGCACCUCCAGAACCAGAGGUCUUUCCAGAAGCAAAACACAGUCCAAGGCCAAUGGCUCCAGCCAGCCAAAGCUCAACUUGUGCGGUCAAGCCAGCCCACCUCUGCAGUCCACUCUAACAUGGUGUUUGGGGGGUCAGCCUACUCUCAGUUUGCCCAUUUGCCAAAAGAACUUGCUGAACUCGGUGAGGGCUUUCAACUCCAGCCUGGUUUGUCUUACCAAGAUGACCUGGAUUGUCAGCCCAGACCUGCUACAGCGUACGGAAGAGGGAUGAAUCGCUACAGCCAAGGUGCCCAGUUUGGUCGAAACCAGUCCAAAGCGGCGUAUUAUCCAAUGGAGGUGACUGAAUCUUCUAAUAUCGGUGCACCUGAUUCAUACAAUGAUUACCAGUAUCAACCACAAGGAGGGCUACGGCGACCACUUAGUGCACACCCAACCUCUUCUUCUGCAGCUGCUUCUAACAGGCCGCUCAUCCAUUCUCAAAGCGUCAAUGUGCGUAGCCUAGCGGGGCAACUACCUCCGCCUAAUUUAUCCACUUUCCGAACUUCAGCCUCUGCCCAGCAUGUGGAUUUGCCACCAGACCCGCCUCCAUUCUCUGGAAGUUACCAUGAUGAUCUAUUUUUAGGCUCGAACCCUCAAUCUGAUUUGGGAAUGGUAGGGGGUGGUACAUAUCCCGGGGAGGCGGGGCGUGCCUCAAGGAACACUCCUUUUAUGGGCAUUAUAGAUAAAACUGCAAGGGUACAACCACAAUACCAGUCACAAGCCCCGCCUACGUCUUCUUGUCUAAGUCCGUCUCGCUCCUGGGCCGUCUCCUCCGUAGACACUGUGGUGACAUCUCCAAGCAAAGCUCCGCCCACUCAACCAUUUCCUUCUUCGAUUGCUUACCAUAAUCGAAGCAACAACAAUGCGCACAAUGGCCAUUAUUACGACAACCAAAAUGACUACUAUGAAGUGACACCUGUGAAGGUAGAAAACUCCGUCCCAAUAGUGAGUCAGAACCCGUCUUAUGUAGAUGUGAGGUUAGCCCGCACUAUGCCAGUGAUACACAGCUGCUCGGAUCGGCCCAGUGAGCGUAAAAUGGGCCCUACCUCUCCUGUCAAACCAAAAAGACCCUUUGUGGAGUCCAAUGUAUAGAAAACUACCACUAUAAUGUAACUUUUGAAGGGAUACAGUCUGGCAAUGCUUGAAGAUACAAGUACAUGCAAUGCUUUGAAUGAAUGGCACACAAGCUGAAGGAACGAUGCAAUAAUAGACAUUUAUAAUAGUUGUGGGACAAAAAGAGGAAUAAAAUAAGUUAAAUUAUGUUCAAAGCCAGAUUGCAGUUAGGUUUGCCAAGACUAAAGGAAAAAAAAUGGGCUGCUGACCAUGCCACUUUGCAGCCGUUUUGUUUUAGAUGUUCAAUAAUUAUUAGUCAUGAAUUGUCGGUCUAAAAAAGAAAUAGGACUUAGUUUUGGGUUUUUUUCAACAAUUCAAUGUAAUUCUGUAAGACUAUGCUUGAUAAUGAGACAGCACAUAAUAUCACAAAGCACAACAAAUGACCAAGAAGGAAGUUGGAAACCCCAAACUUCUUAUAAUGUUCUUUGCGUCUACAUUAAAUCUAAAGUAAUCAUGGUAUGAAGUUGCGUGGCGUUGCAAGCCAUAGCCAAGUCCCAAGCCAUAAUGUUUGAGGACAAUGUUGUUGAGUAAAGCACUGACUUACUGUAUAUACAAGAAGAGUAAGCGUUAUUUAUCUUUUUAAGUUAUGUAUGUGACUGUACAAUGCAAUUUAUAAUGUAAUGUAUAUUAUUUUUUAUUUCUUUUAUGUGCUUUUAUAUAUUAUUAUUUCAGUGAUUCCUACCCAAAAGUGGCAAUAUUCUAACAUCAUUCAUUACUCGCUUCAGCCUGAACGCCUUUCAGAAAUGCUGUCCUUCAGGGUUUUUUUUCCUACCAAAACUUUUUAUACUUUGCAGUGCUAAUUUAUGCAAUGGCGAGCUAGUUAAACCACGGCUUUUACAUGUGUUGCCAUAGAGCCCAUGCUGACUCGCUUCAUUCCCUGGAGGGUUGACUGACAGAUGGUGUUAAGGAGGACAUUGACUUAAAGACAUUCACGUUGCUCACACAGAUGCCUGCUUUGUUUUUUAUUUGUUCAUCUUUUUUUGCUACGAGUUCUUUUGUCACGGUACAAACACACACUGCCCUCUGAGGUCGAAGUUGCAACGUUAAGUAGUGGCCGGUUUUGUUUUUGUCAGACUUUUGCCAAGGCCAUUGCUAAAACACAUUAUUAGCAUGUUGGAUGUUCAAAGACUUGUUGAAAAGAUUAAAGACUUCAGAUCAAA